UUUUUUUGCUCACUGCCCACUUGGUUUAAAGUAUUGCUGCAUCUUCUAGUGCUUUGCUAAGUUGACUCUCUCCCUCUCUAUAAAGCUUUGAUUUUUUUCUCUGUCUCUUUUAUAUAUGUGGUGACUGUGUUGGUUAUGCAUUUGGGAUUUUUGAGCUAUUUUGGUCACUUUGCUUAACAUUGCUGUGUUUCCUGGUUGCUGUGUUAUUGGAGUCUGGAGAAGUUGAUUGUGAGGAAUCAUCAAGUCCUCUUCCUACUCCCAGCAGACAAAAAAGUGUUUUGUCGUCAUUACAAUGGUUUCGAGGUCUUAUUCUAACUUACUGGACCUUGCUUCCGGCGAAUCUCCAUUUUUUAGUAGAGAGAAAAAGAGGCUUCCUCGAGUGGCAACUGUGACGGGAGUGUUGUCGGAGCUAGAUGACGAGAGUGGUGGGUCUGAUGCUCCCUCAUCCGUCUCUCAAGAACGGAUGAUCAUUGUGGGAAACCAGCUUCCACUUAGGGCACAUAGAAGUGACAAUGGAGAGUGGAACUUUAGCUGGGAUGAGGACUCACUUCUUUUACAGCUUAAAGAUGGCCUUGGAGAAGAUGUAGAAGUAAUCUAUAUUGGCUGUCUUAAAGAAGAGAUUGACAUGAGUGAGCAAGAUGAUGUAGCUCAAAGGUUGCUUGAGACUUUCAAAUGUGUACCGGCAUUCAUCCCUCCUGAGCUUUUUAGUAAAUUCUAUCAUGGAUUCUGUAAGCAACAUCUGUGGCCUUUAUUUCAUUAUAUGCUUCCGCUAUCACCGGAUCUUGGUGGUCGGUUUGAUCGGUCCCUCUGGCAAGCUUAUGUGUCUGUGAACAAGAUAUUUGCAGAUAAAGUAAUGGAAGUGAUCAGUCCUGAUGAUGAUUUUGUGUGGGUUCAUGACUACCAUUUGAUGGUUUUGCCGACAUUUUUGAGGAAGAGGUUCAAUAGGGUGAGGCUUGGAUUCUUCCUUCAUAGUCCAUUCCCUUCAUCCGAGAUAUAUCGAACACUUCCUGUAAGAGAUGAACUUCUGAGAGCUCUUUUAAACUCCGACCUCAUUGGAUUCCAUACUUUUGAUUAUGCUAGGCACUUCCUCUCUUGUUGUAGUAGAAUGCUUGGGCUUUCUUAUCAAUCUAAGCGGGGCUACAUAGGGCUCGAGUAUUAUGGUCGCACUGUAAGCAUUAAAAUUCUUCCCGUUGGGAUUCAUAUAGGCCAGCUCCAAUUGGUUUUGAAUCUUCCUGAGACUGAAUCUAAGCUUGCAGAGUUACGAGAUCAGUUUGGAGGUCGCACUGUUUUGCUCGGGGUCGAUGACAUGGAUAUCUUUAAAGGAAUCAGCUUGAAACUUCUGGCCAUGGAACAAUUGCUCAUACAACAUCCUGAUAAGAGGGGAAAAGUUGUUUUGGUCCAGAUUGCAAACCCUGCGAGAGGCAGAGGAAAGGAUGUGCAGGAGGUCCAAUCUGAAACUAGUGCCACAGUGAGAAGGAUCAAUGCGACAUUUGGAAGAGAAGGUUAUAAGCCAGUUGUCUUGAUUGAUACCCCACUUCAGUUUUAUGAGCGAAUUGCUUAUUAUGUCAUUGCAGAGUGUUGUCUUGUUACAGCAGUGAGGGAUGGAAUGAAUCUUAUUCCCUAUGAAUAUGUUAUAUGUCGGCAAGGAAAUGAGAAACUAGAUGAGACCUUAGGACUAAACCCAUUGAUCCCAAAAAAGAGUAUGCUUGUGGUAUCUGAGUUUGUUGGGUGCUCGCCAUCACUAAGUGGUGCAAUUCGAGUGAACCCAUGGAACAUUGAUUCUGUAGCUGAAGCCAUGGACUCAGCCCUAAUAGUCUCCGAGGCAGAAAAACAGUUGAGGCAUGAAAAACACUAUAGGUAUGUCAGUACACAUGAUGUCGCAUAUUGGGCACGUAGCUUUUUACAAGAUCUUGAAAGGGCAUGUGGGGAUCAUAUGAGAAGGAGGUGCUGGGGGAUUGGUUUCGGUUUAGGGUUUCGAGUAAUUGCUUUGGAUCCAAAUUUCAGAAAGCUUUCAGUUGAGCAUAUUGUUUCAGCUUAUAAGAGGACUAAGAGCCGAGCAAUUCUUUUAGAUUAUGAUGGUGCUAUGAUGCUGCAUGGUUCAAUUAGUACAACAGCUAAUACUGAAGCAGUUGGAAUCUUAAACAGCUUGUGCAAAGACCCCAAAAAUGUUGUCUUCAUUGUUAGCGGGAGGGACAGAAAGACUCUAAUGGAAUGGUUUUCUUCCUGUGAAAAGCUUGGGCUUGCAGCAGAGCAUGGUUAUUUUGUGAGGCCAAAUCAUGAGGCAGAUUGGGAAACUUGUGUUUCUGUGCCAGAUUUUGAUUGGAAACAGAUUGCUGACCCAGUAAUGCAGUUAUACACUGAAACAACUGAUGGUUCUACCAUAGAGACCAAGGAGAGUGCUCUUGUUUGGAAUUACCAGUAUGCAGAUCCAGAUUUUGGUUCGUGCCAGGCUAAGGAGCUUCUUGAUCACCUGGAAAGUGUUCUUGCCAAUGAGCCAGUUUCUGUCAAGAGCGGCCUGCACAUUGUAGAAGUUAAACCUCAGGGCGUCAAUAAAGGUAUUGUAGCAGAAUAUCUACUUUCAACAAUGCGACUGAAGGGAAUGCUUCCAGAUUUUGUUAUCUGUAUUGGGGACGACAGAUCGGAUGAGGACAUGUUUGAGGUUAUAAUGAGUGCAAGGGCUUCCCUAUCCCCAGUUGCUGAAGUGUUUGCUUGCACUGUUGGCCAGAAACCCAGCAAGGCUAAGUACUAUCUGGAAGACACAACCGAGAUUUUGAGAAUGUUGCAGGGCCUCGCCAAUGCUUCAGAGCAGGCUGCUAGAAAUGCUCCCCAAGCUGCUCAGCGAGCGGUUAUUGCUGAGAGUAAAUAGUCUUCCUUCUCUCUAUCUAGGUCCUAUCAUAUUCUAUUUGGGGUUGUCUUGUGCGGUAUGAUUUUUCUGGUUGGAUUCGAGCUCAACAUUUUGGAGGUGUAGGUCUUGCCUUUCUUUCAGAUUGCAGAAGUACACGUUUUUUCUGUUCUCAGUAGAUAAAUUGUAUCUAAUAUUUGUUGUUCAUGUCAUGGUAUUGGUGUUAGGAUUGAUGUUGCGGUUGUCCUAAAAAAAGUUGAGCUUGAUUAUAUUUAAUAAAAUUGUUUAUUUUGAUGUU